UGUGUGUUUUUCUUUUUUUCUUCUGUUUUUUUUUUCGCGUUGGAGGAGGGGAGGUUUUGAUUUGCGGUGCAGUCAGUCGAGGGAGGUCGUCUUACAGACCAGAUAUGGAGGCUCCGCUGGUGAAAGAAAGAAACUUUACCCGUUGUGUGUGUCUCAUCUGGAAGAUUUUGCUUGCUUUGUUUUCCCACUGAACGCUCAAGUUGGUGCUACCUGUGAAUGAAAAACUUUGCAUUUCUCCGUCUAAAAAGGGACAAAAACCAGUGGGCGCCUUCCAGGUCGGCUGUGAGUUGCGGUCAAGCUCCGCUGAUGCCUCUCUUGUUUCACCUUCUCACCUGAAAACUAAAAACUAAAGAAUGUUCUCUGAACAUGUGAGGCUGGUGUCCGUGUGCAUGUUUUGCUACACUCCAGUCAUUGUGCCUCAGAAGAUGGAGCGCCUCUAAUGCUUUUUUUUUUUUUUUCUUUUCCUGGAGAGUCCAUUCGUCUCCUUAUCUUUUCUUUCCUACCCUCAUCGUCUUUCUCCCCCUUUCUCCUUUGUGCACUCUGGAGAAGGAGGAGCCCAGGAGCAAAAGAGAAGCAGACAGAAUACGGAUGUAAGCGCAUUUUCGCCGAGAAAACUUAAUGGAGAGGACGGAAAGCGCAACUUCAUUCGGCCGUGUUUACUUUGGAACCUAUAUGGAAGCACUCUGAACCAAUCAGACCCCCUUCCCUCCCUCCCCCACCCACCCCAGCCAUGGACUGCAUGGCGGCUAUUUUGAAAGCGUGCGCUCGCUCCAGAGGCAAGUUGUGCCGCCCGAGCCGGUCCUCCGUCCGUCACCCGUGGAGGCUGGCGGACGGCUGCGUUUGCGGCAGAGGUGUCGCGGCGGCCGGGGUCGCCGGCCACGCCUCGUCCCUCCUGCGAUGCUUGCUGCUGUACGUGUGCUGCUGCCGGUCCAACGAGGACAGCUCCGAGCUGUGUCGGGAAUGGGUGGACCGUCCCGUCGAGGGAGUGGAGAGAGGAGGAAGAAGCGACGAUGAAGGUGAGGAGGAGUUGGGGCCGCCCCCCUCAGUGGACGAGGCGGCCGACGCUCUGAUGACCAGGCUGGGCUUCCUGCUGGGCGAUAAGGUCAUCGGUGGAGAGCCAGGCUCCCCUUACCACGUCCAGGAUGACGGACAGAGGAUCUCUCCCUCCUCCAGUCUCGCCAGUAGCAACACCUCCCCCUGCUCCACGCUGCAGCAACCAGCUGGAGGGGAGGGCAACAAUAACAACAUGCACGCUUCCUCCAACCACGCCUCCGUCACCUCCCCCACCUCGACCCUGGAGAGCAGAGACAGCGGAAUCAUAGCCACGUUAACGAGCUAUUCUGCCGACUCAGCCGUAGAGAGAGACGACGCCUCCUCCAAGUACCCCGGCGACUGUUACCGUGGCAGCAGCCUCAACUUGUGGCAGCAGGGGGGCCGGCCGGUGGUGGCCUCCACCUCGUCUUCUUCUAUGGUGGCAACGGGGAACGCCAACGAAGGCUUCAUGUACAGGAUGGAGGACAACAUGACCGCUUCCACCUACAGCCUCAACAAACUCCACCCCAGCCGAUGCUCUGGCCCCGCCCACUCGUCAGGCUCCACCCACUCCAUUCCGCUCUACCUCAUGCCUCGCCCCAACUCUGUAGCUGCCACUAGUUCGGCCCACCUUGAAGAUCUAGCCUAUCUCGAUGAGCAGCAGAGACACAUCCCUGCGAGGACGUCCCUCAGAAUGCCGAGACAAAACUCUGGGAGUCGUAGUCAACAGGACCACAGAGUUCGGUUCACUCCCUCUCUCAACCUGAAGCCCCUGCACUUUGAAGUCCCGGGCCUUUCAUCUGAUUGGCUGUUCACCGGGAGGGAAUGGCUCUUCCAAGAAGUGGACAACUGUCUCCGCAGCGACGACCCAGCGACCGGUCGGGGAGUGGUGAUUGUUGGCAACAUGGGCUUCGGCAAAACGGCCAUCAUCGCCCGCCUGGUGGCACUCAGUUGUCAUGGACAUCGCAUGUGGCCGAGCACUGCCGGCAACGAGGCCCUACCCAAAUAUGUAGAGCCUGUUUCUUUCUCCCACGAUUCCCUGGGGAGAGGAGGAGGAGGAAGAGAGGAAGGAGGAGGAAGCUGUCCAGGAACUCCUGAGAUGAGGAGGAGACAAGAGGAGGCCCUGAGGAGGCUCGCUGGACAGGUAGUCUCAUAUCACUUCUGUCAGGCCGAUAACUGCCACACCUGCCUCGUCCCGGAGUUCGUGCACAACUUGGUGGCGAUGCUGAGUGAAGCCCCUCAGUUGGCGGCCUAUCGGGAGCUACUGCACCGGUCGCCACAACUACAGAGCAUGCUCAGCCUCCGCUCCUGCAUCCAGGAUCCAAGCUCCGCCCUUCAGAAAGGAAUCCUAGAACCACUGGACGCUCUCUACAGAGAGAGGAAGUUGCAUGUGGAGGGGGCGGGGCUUAUUGUUCUGAUCGAUGGCCUUAACGAGGCAGAGUUCCACCGGCCGGACUACGGAGACACGCUGACUUCCUUCCUGACCCGAAAUGUCCAGAAAUUUCCUUUCUGGUUGAAGGUCAUCACCACUGUCAGGACCAGUCAGCAGGACAUCACUCGGUCUCUACCCUUUCAUCGGAUCUCCCUGGACAGAAUGGAGGAGAACAGCGCCAUAGACCAGGACCUGCAGGGUUACCUGAUGCAGCGAAUCCACAGCAGCACAGAGAUCCAGAGCAACGUGUCGCUGAGCAAUGGCCGCCUGGACAACACGGCUCUGGCCAAACUGAUCGGCCACCUGAAGAGCCUGAGCAGAGGCUCGUACCUCUACCUGAAACUGACCCUGGACUUGAUCGAGGGAGGUUACCUCGUCCUGAAGAGCUCCAGCUUUAAGGUGGUUCCUGUGAGCCUGGCAGAGGUUUACUUGCUGCAGCUGAACAUGCGGUUCCCGACCCAGUCGUCCUUCCAGAGAGUUCUGCCUCUUCUCAACGUUACCGUGGCAUCGCUGCAUCCACUGACCGACCAGCAGCUGUUUGAGGUUGUGAAUGCCGGCGCUCUGACUGGAGGAACGCUGCAGUGGGCGGAGUUCGCUCAGCGUCUAGAGCAGCUCUCCUCUUUCCUGCUGUGUCGGAGCGACGGCAGCAGGAUGCUGAACCACGCCUCCUUCAGGGAGUGGCUGGUGUGGCGGGAGGAGGGGCAGGAUGACCGGUUCCUCUGCGACCCCAGGAGCGGCCACACUCUCCUGGCCUUCUGGCUCUGCAGACAAGAGGGGAAGCUGAACCGACAGCACACACUGGAGCUGGGACAUCACAUCCUAAAGGCGCACAUCUACAAGGGUCUGAGCAAGAAGCUAGGGGUCUCGUCCUCAGUUCUGCAGGGGCUGUGGCUGUCGUACAGCACGGGGAGCCUGAGCCCGGUUCUCUCGUCGUUGCGCAACCUCUACACCCCCAAUAUCAAGGUGAGCAGAUUGCUGAUUAUGGGCGGGGCCGAUGUGGACUCCCGUAGCGAUGUCCUCAACAGCGCCCCCUUGCUGUGCGUGCACGCUCACCUGGGCCACGCCGACGCCGUGGCGCUGCUGCUCGACCACGGAGCACAGGUGGAUGCUCAGUCACAGGACGGUUUGACAGCGCUCGGAUUUGCUGCUGCAGCCGGUCACCUAGACAUCGUCACCAUGCUGAGUCUGCACAGAGCAAAGGUGGGUCACGUGGACAGCUCAGGUCGGUGCGUGCUGGUUCACGCCGCCCAGCGCGGCCAACUCGAGGUGCUGCGCUUCCUGCUGAAGCGCGCAGAAUGGAGCUGCACCGCCUGCUGCGGCCAGAGGGGGGCGAGCCGGAGUCAGGCAGUGCAGCAGGCUCUGAUUGCAGCCGCCUGCAUGGGCCACAGGGAGGUGGUGUCGUACCUGCUGGAUCUUCCAGAGGAAGACGAGGAGGAGGAGGAGAGACCAGAGAUUAACACGUAUGACAGUCUGUGGGGAGAGACAGCUCUGACAGCGGCAGCAGGACGUGGCAGGGUGUCUGUCUGCAGGCUGCUGCUGGAUCAGGGGGCAGGUGUCGAUCGCGGCAACAGGCAGGGUGUCGCUCCGCUCUUCAGCGCUGUGAGACGGGGUCACUGGCAGGUGGUGGAGUUGUUGCUGAACCAUGGGGUGGAAGUGAACAUGGUCGACCAGCAGGGUCGAACUGCUCUGAUGACGGCAGCAUCCGAGGGACAUAAGAGCACGGCGCAGCUGCUCCUGGAUCACGGAGCAUCUCUCGACCAGUGUGACAGGGAAGGCUUAACAGCUCUGAGCUGGGCCUGUCUGAAAGGCCAGCUCCAGUUAGUCAGAGAGCUGGUGGAGAGAGGGGCAACCACAACUCACACUGACCGCAGUGGACGGACACCUCUGGAUCUGGCUGCCUUCUGUGGCGACCCCGAAGUGGUGCAAUACCUGGUGGACCAUGGUGCGUCGGUGGAGAACGUGGACUGUAGCGGGAUGCGUCCUCUCGACAGGGCAGUUGGCUGCAGAAACACCUCGGCGGUCAUCGCUCUCCUCAAAAAGGGAGCUAAAAUAGGACCAGCAACCUGGGCCAUGGCGACCUCUAAACCAGAUAUCUUGAUGGUUCUGCUCAGUAAAGUGAUCCAGGAGGGAGACAGAUUGUACAAGCAAAGUAAUGUGAGGGAAGCUGCUCACUCCUAUCAGUCAGCACUCCAGAAGUUUCCAGGGGACGAGUUGAAGACAUUCAGACAGCUGAGAGUGUGUGUGCUCCUCAACCUGUCUCGCUGCCAUCGUAAGAUGAACGACUUCAGCCUUGCGGAGGAGUUUGCUACCAAGGCUCUGGAGCUAAAAUCCAAAUCCUACGAAGCCUUUUAUGCCAGAGCACGAGCUAAACGCGGGCUCAGACAUUUCCAUGCAGCCCUGGACGACCUGAACGAGGCCAGCCGCCUGUGCCCAUCCAACCGGGAGAUCCAGCGGCUGCUUUCUCGGGUCAAAGAAGAGUGUCGGCAGGCUGCUCAACAACAGGAUUCUCCUCCCUCAUCUCAUCAUGUCUAUCAGCAGAAUGUGGCCAUGUCCAUCAGCGAUGCACGGUGCAGAGAAUCAGAUUGUCUGCAGGUGCCCGACAGGGAGGGGCUCACUGAAGAAGAAGAGGAGGACGAUGAGAGGGAAGACGAGGGGAGGAACAGGCAAGGAGACUCCUCGUCGUCCUCCUCUUUUCAUCCUCUGCCUGCCGUUCAAAGCCUUGACACCCGCUGCCGCUCUGGGGUGCCAUCACCCUCUUCCCUCUCCCCCACUCACAUGUACCAUCACCUCUCCAGUCCCACCCACUCAACGUCCCUCUCCUCGCCCAGUCACUCUUCGCCUCCUCACCCUGCCUCCUCCUAUCACCAUUUCAGCCCUCCUCCCUCCCCAGUGCAGCAUCAUCAGCGAUCUGGCCCGGUGUCUGAAAGCAUGCCGGCAUUGUCAGGAAGCCUCCAUUACCAUCCGCAAUCUGUCUCAUCCCUCCACCACUCAGACCAGAACCAGGGAGUGCAGCAGCUCCACCAUAUGGCAAGCCAGAGGUCCUUCCAAAAGCAGAACCCUGUCCAAGGCCAGUGGCUACAACCAGCCAAAGUGCAGGUUGUUAGAUCCAGUCAGCCCUGUUCCUCAGCCCAGUCCAGCAUGGUUUUGGGAAGUUCGGCCUACACUCAUUUUGCUCAUCUGCCCCAAGAGUUGGCAGAGCUGGGGGAAAGCUUCGGCCCGAGCUCCCUUGACAUCAGGCCAAGCCAACGUGUCCAGCCUGGUCUGAGCUCUGGAGCUUCAUAUGCAUUAGAUGAUGCUGAUGUUGACCUGGUCUGCCUGGCAAGACAGACAUCAUCUUAUGGGAUAGGAGCAGGAGCAGACAGGGUAGGGGUAAGUCGGUUUGGCCAGUCCCAUCAGUUCAGCCGCAACCAAUCUAAAGCCGCAUACUACCCCAUAGAGGUUACAGAGGCAACAAUGGGAGCUCCUGAUAGGCUUCAGUCGGCACAGGAUUAUCAGUACCACCACCAGGGUGGGUUUCGACGCCCUCUUAGUGCCCACCCAGCCCCCUCAAGUGUUAAUCCCCCUAGGCCUCUCAUCCACUCCCAGAGUGUCAGCGUCCGUUUCUCUACCAGCAGCGGCAGCCUCGCUAGCGGUCAACCAGUCAAUCAUGGGCCGGGCUUCAGGACCUCAGCCUCCGCCCAGCACAUGGAUCUACCUUCAGAUAUGGCCUCUGUAGGGGGCGUUACCGGUUACCAUGACGAUCUCUUUCUGACAUCGUCUCCCCAGUCAGACAUGUCCAUGGCAGGAGUUGGGACUUAUCCAGGUGAGGCUGGGCGCUCAUCACGGAACACUCCGUUCAUGGGCAUAAUCGACAAGACAGCGAGAGUCUACCCGCCGUAUCAGCAACAAGUUCCGUCCAGUUCGGCAUCCUGCCUCAGCCCCUCGCGCUCCUGGGCCGUGUCUUCAGUGGACACAGUUGUCACCUCGCCCAGCAAAAACCCCACCAAUCAGGGAGGCUUCGCGCCACCCCAGCCAUCGUCCAUCGCCUACUACAACCGCAGUAACAACAACGCCCACAAUGGUCACCUCCUUCAUGACAACCAGCUGGACUUCUACGACGUGGCGCCAAGCAAAGGCUCGGUGAAGGUUGCAAGUCAGAAUCCCUCCUACCUGGACGUGAAGGUGGCCCGAACACUGCCAGUGAUCCAUAGCUGCUCUGACAGACCAACUGAGAGACGGACAGGUCCCACCUCUCCUGUCAAACCAAAAAGACCCUUUGUGGAGUCAAAUGUGUAAAGAAAGCCCAAGAAUAUUAACAGAAAGUCAGAGCACUUGCGUACUCCAAAAUAUGCCUGAAACUAACUAGUACCACCAAGGUUGAGUUCCUACAAUGUCUAGUUCUUUUGUGGUUCAGAACAAAAACAAGAGAACAUUUAGUUCAAAUUAGGGUAAGAGCACUUGUUUGUACUUGGUUGUACUUAUUCCGAUGUACACAGGAAAAAAGAAAGAGAGUGUGAGAGAAGACCUAGUCAGUCGCAAAUGGAGGUGCUUGCUGUAUCCUCGUUGUGUAUAACAAGCACUUAAGUUAAAGAAUAAUGACUCUUAUUAUGCAGAAGAUGUUUAACAUAUAAGUUCAGCAUGGAACCAAUUGCUAAAUCGCUAAAGGCUGGGUCUGUUGGACCAGCCAGAGACAAAGAAAAGACGUAAUGACAAGGGGAAGGAGGGAAAAACUAAGGGAAAAUCGGUUGACUGCUUUUGCCGUUGCAAAGCACAAAGUCGAAGUGGAGGAUCGGAGGAAAUCCAAAACAAAUACACAAAAAAAUGCUCAUCGUUGGCUUUAGUUAAAAUGGUGACAGUCCAUGAGACAGUACUACAAAUUUGCCUGCUGCCCAUGCCUUUAAUGACUUUUUUUGUUAUAGGUAUUAUUAUUAUUUCAAGUUUGAAGCGCUUAAAUUAUACAGUGACUGGAAAUGAAUGGAUGGAUCCAAGCUCGAAAAACGCUGGUCAGUGACCCAAACCCAAGCCAUAGUGAAGGAAACUAGGACAAUGCUAUCAUGGACUUGCUGUACAUAAAACAAAAAAAAAGGUCAUAUUUAUCUUUUUUAAGUUAUGUCUGUAUUAAACUGUAUAAAUAUUGAUGUUUUUUUUCUUUAAAUUGUAUUUUUCAUUUUCAUUUCGGGAGGGUUUCACUCAGAAAACAGAAACUGAGCCUAUAGAGCUUAGUUUUCUGUUAACGUUUUUUUAAUUUUCUUUUUCAGCUUCGUAGAUUUCUGUUUUCUAUGAACGCCUUUUGUAUUAUAUAAUCCUAAUGGUCCCAAGUUAUGCAAACCACAAGGUUCCCAACUGAUAAACCAGGGCUAGCCAUACUUAUUGCAAUGGAAACAUAUGACUCAUUGCCUCUUUGAGUUAGCCAUUGCCUUCUCCUUUGUAAUGCAGCAAAAAUUGACUGUUCACAGAUGCCCUUUCCUCAUCCUUAGCUACUGUAGGCAUGGAGUCGUUGGAUAUAUCCAAGUGCUGAAAUAUUGUGCAUUAAAUUAUAUCAAGACAACAAUCUGGCUUCAAAAACAUUGGAUUAUGGUGUAUUUUGUCUUGCUUUUACAACGUUAAGAGCGUCAGGACUAGCUUGAUUUAAGUGUUUACCCAUUUUAACUUAAGCUUAAUUUGCUAGAAUGCCUGGCUAACUACCUACAGAAGGAAACAAACUUCUAAGAACAUAAAGCAUAUCAUUAACUAAGUCCAUCAGUUUACAAGUUACAUUUCAAAAAUCUGUUCAAACUAAAUUUAGAGCAACUUUAGCAGCAAGCUUUUUUUUCUGCUCUUUGUUGCCUUUUUUGUAUUUUGCGUUCUGCAACCCUCGUCAAAACUAUUAACAAAGAAGGCAUAAAUCAUCACACAAGAUUGUUUAAAUUAUUAUUAUUUCCAAAAGGGAAAGGGAAUGCAUGCUUUAAAAACAUGAGAGCAUAGAGCAUAAGCUAAUAAGCUAAACAUUUGCUGAAAAUAUAUGAUAAAAUAAUUCCCAAUCAUAUUUUAAAUAGCUAACUACGCUACAGUUCAAGAGCAGUUCUACUUCUUUGACUGUGAUUCAAAUUGCGUACGAUACUUCCGCUUUUAAACUUGCUAUUUUGAGUGUAAACGUGCAUUUACAGCCCUCCCAUAUCACUAUGGUAUUUUAAAAAAAAUUCAGUCAGUUCAUGGAGCUCAAACUAGCUUGACUAGCUACUCAACUUGCUAAAGAUGAUAAAUUGUGCUAGCAUUAGCUGUCAUAUCCAGCAACAAAAGUUUUUUUUUCUACAUUUGUGUAAAAUUAUGGACCAGUUAUUUAACGGAUUAGCCACCACUUUUGGUAAGAGGUAAAUCAUUGCAAAGGGGAGGGAUUAGCUAGUAGUUCAUUCUGAGGCAAAUUUUUCACCCAACCGAUGAUAUUCAGAAGGAAAUACUUUCAUUUUUGUAAGAUGUAUUUUAUGCACAUGACUGCCUGUCUUUGUAUGUUUCCUCUUUGUGUGUUUUUCCAUGAAUCAGCAUCUUGUUUUCAGAGUUUCUGGUGCUGAUAUGAUCUCUGACCUUUCUGUUACGGUACAGUCUCUCCACCGACUGCCCUUGUUUCUUGCUGCUCAGGAUAUGCAGAAAUACCCACAUUCACAGUGCGACUGUGUGAACUGGAAAAUAAUUCCUGCCAGUACAUUAUACGUUAGCAAGGCGGCUGGAUGUUGAAGACUAGUUAAAAAUGACUGAUGUGAUGAAGGGAUCGAGUUGUCAUUUUGUAUCAGUGUUUCUUUAAAUGUUUCAUGAGCUUGAGCUGAGUGUCAGAUGCGAUUUUAGCCGUCAACCUACAUGGGGCACAGACUUUUAAACAUUUGUUCAGAAUUUGUUUUGAAGCAGCUCAGAUGUGGAAUCACUGACUACAUUUCUGAGGAAUAAAGCUGAAUGAAACACA